GGAGAAUUCACCCGGAAAGUUUACUUUCGGUUUUGCUUCAGGGAAAGAGGGACCUGCGGCUUCUCAUCUUUGAAGUUGGAUUCUUUCAAUAUGUGGCCAUCAGCUACACAUAGAUAUGGCUUCCUCACAUCCUCUAAUCUACCAGUGCCUUUGAAAAGCAUUUCGGUGGAUGUCAUUAUACGAGGUUUUGUGGCUGACGUUGUUUCAGAACUCCAGUACCAGAAUGAUGAAAAGAAUCCAGUGGAGGCCACUUUUGUCUUCCCGCUGGAUGGUGAAGCUGCAGUUUAUGCCUUUGAAGGUCUGAUCGGUGGGAAACGGAUUGAGGCCCAGAUCCGAGAGAAGAAGCAGGCAGAGCAAGAAUACGACGAUGCCCUGAGUGAAGGCCACCAGGCUUUCCUGCUUGAGAGAGAAGAAAAUACCAGUGACAUUUUCACGUGCAACCUGGGCAAUCUUCCUCCUGGUGGGGAAGCCACACUGAAACUGCGCUACAUUCAAGCACUAGCAGUGGAACCAGAUGAUGCCGUCCGUUUUGUCCUGCCAGCAGUCUUGAACCCCCGCUACAUUCCUGAAGCAGGUUCUGAAGAGGGAACUGUUAAUAAAGUACAUGUGCUUACAAAAGAUCUGUGCUACAUACUCAGCCUCAAUGCCAGGAUGGAGUCCCCUUAUGGCAUCAACCGUGUAGAGUCAAAAUGCAGUCUAGAUCCUCUGCAAUAUAUGACGGAGGACCACACUAUUGCACAGGUCUCCUUGGCUGAAGGACACCAGUUUGGCUGUGAUGUGGAACUGCUUAUAUAUUAUGAAGAUGUUCACAAGACCAGCGCCAUUUUAGAAGCUGGGAAGUCUGGAGCUACCCCAGGUUCACUGAUGGGGGACCCAGCCCUUCUGCUGACCCUGUACCCCAAAAUUUCAGCUGUCAAGCCAAAUAAUACUGCUGCUGGAGAGUUAAUCUUCCUGCUAGAUCGCUCUGGCAGCAUGAAUACCACCAUGGAUAACAGUUGUGGCUCACCAACACGCAUUCAGAGUGCCAAGGAAACCCUGAUUUUCUUGCUUAAGAGUCUCCCUCUGGGAUGUUACUUCAACAUCUAUGGCUUUGGCUCUACUUAUGAAUCAUUCUACCCGCAGAGUGUGGAGUACACCCAGGAGAGCAUGAGCACUUCUGUCCAAUGUGUGAAGGAGCUGGAUUGUGACUUGGGAGGCACAGAGAUUAUAAAGCCCCUGAAGGCCAUUUACAGUCAGCCAUACCUUGAAGGACAUCCUCGACAGAUUUUUCUGUUCACUGAUGGAGAGGUGUUUAAUACAAAUGAGGUCAUUGCUGAAGUUAGGCGUAAUAGUGGCUCCCACAGAUGCUUCUCCUUUGGCAUAGGGGAAGGAGCUUCCACAUCCCUGGUCAAAGGCAUUGCUCAAGCUGCUGGAGGCAGUGCUGAAUUCAUCACUGGCAAAGAACGCAUGCAGGCCAAAGCUUUGCAAAGUCUGAAGAAGGCGCUUCAGCCAGCGGUAUCGGGGAUCUCUCUGAACUGGGAACUGCCAUCUGGCCUUGAGGCCAAACCUGUGGGGUCAGGCCCUCGGGUCAUUUUCCAAGGUCAGCGCUGCCUCAUCUAUGCCCAGAUCCAGGGCCAACUUCAGAUGACAGGCUCCAUGGAGGGGACAGCCAUUGUUCGGUAUAAUUUCCAAAAUGAGAGUCCCACAGAAACAACAAAGUUCUCACUCCAACUUGAGAAGACAGACAGGCUCCCUGUUCACCGUCUUGCAGCUCAGGCUCUGUUGCAGGAAUUAGAAGAGGACAAGGAGACGGUGGAGGAAAAGCGGCUCCUGGCGCUAGAGACAAGCCUGAGCUCUGGAGUGGUGUGUUCCCAGACAGCCUAUGUGGGUGUGAACACGGAGCUGGGCAAGCUGGUUCAAGGACCUCUCCUCCACCGAGAUGUCCCCCUUCCAGUUCUCGGGAGGUCAUCAAAAUUAUUCUACAAUGCACCACUAUUCCAAACAUCCCCAAUGGCAGGAGCAUGUUUGGAUCUCACGCAGCAAGAUUGUCCGGAAAAUGAAGUAGAAGUCUUAGAAAGAAACCAUGAUCCUCUACCGGUCAUCAACAUCAUGUCAAAGAAGGGCAAACUAGUUCAACUGUCAAGCCCUUACAGACCUCAGGAGGAAGAAUCUUCUCUUUUGAAGUUGGUAUCCCUGCAAAAUGCAGAUGGCUCCUGGCCUCAUGGGCCUGCCCUAAACACCAUACUCGACCUGAGUGAGGCUGAGAUCUCAGACAAAGCACCAGCCCAUGUGACCCCAGAUAUAUGGGCAACAGUGCUGGCUAUUCUCUGGCUUCAUUUGAAUGCCGCAGAGCAGAAAGAUGAGUGGGAGCUGCUGGAAGGAAAAGCUGUUCAUUGGCUCAAAAUGAAUGCAGGAGCUCAGUUGGCAGAGUGUGUGAAAGCUGGUAAUGCAGUCCUGGGAAGUAGUGUGAGCCUCAGAUUUGGGGGCUUCGAGUUUAUGGAGUUAUCAUAAGUUUCAAAUGGAAAUGUCCAAUUCUGCUAUUGCUGAAAUGUGAUCUUCUGACCCCACCCUCAGGGCAACAUUAGCUAUCUUUUUAAAAAGCAACCCCAACCUUGUGGGCACUGGUUCCGCAG